AUGGUGGCUGACAUGAUUGAAGCAGCCCGGAACGAAAACAGUGCCGGGUACCUACUUCUGAUCGAUUUUGAGAAGGCGUACGAUUCAGUGCGCAGAGGCUUCAUGGUGGAAACGGUCGCCAAGCUGGGUUUCCCCCCGCGGUUUGUACGGUGGAUAGAGGCCCUGCACAGCAACGUACACACAAGGCUGUGUGUAAAUGGGUGGGUAGGAGAGCAAAUCACGAUGAGGAAAGGGGUGCAGCAAGGUUGUCCACUAGCGCCGUACCUUUUCUUGUGCGCGGUGGAGCAGCUGAGCCGGCUGGCAGAGGAGAGGAAGCUGGGAAUCGGAGAAGGAAGCUGCGACAGGUUGUCAUAUGUGGGUUAUGCAGACGACACGACCUUGUUGCUGGAAGGGGAGCAACAGUUGAAGGAUGCGGGUGUACUGUUGCAAGAGUACGCGGAGGUGUCGGGGCUUAGAGUGAACACGGGGAAGUCUGCGGUCCUGCCGUUGGGAAGGAACGUGGGGCAACAGGCACCAGACGGAAUGGGAUACAAGUGGGUGGGGGAGAAUGAGGUAGAAAGGCUUCUUGGAGUGUGGAUAUCAACCGGGGGGAACACGGAGGUAACGUGGGAAAAGGCCUUUGACAGAGCGGCAGGAGAGUUAAGCAAGUGGAGCACCAAAUAUCUUACGACUGGAGCACGCUUGACCAUUAUCAACAGUUACGUCCUGCCAAUUUUCCUCUUUCAAGCACAGGUGUACCCGCCGGACGACCUGCUGUGGCGAAGGGUAGAGAAGCUGAUUGAAAACUUUGUGUUCGGUAAUCACGCAGACACGGAGCGGCAUUUCAGGCUCUGGAGUGGAGACCUGAUAUACACACCAAGGGAGCAAGGGGGACUAGGAGUGAUAGACCCGAGGGGACGAAUCGAUAGUGUGGCUUUGAGAUGCGCGAGUUUGGCGCUGCAGCAGGAGUACCAGCUAAGGCAGGGUUUGUCGGAGAGAGCGGCGGGCCUACCUCUCUGA